AUGACCACCCAGUCUGAGCAUUUCGACCCCGAGAAGCUCUUGGACCAAUACCUUACUGCGGUCCGAGAUGUGGAACUUUCGAGGCUGGCUGCUUUCGUUGUGGCCACCGCCGUAAUAUACGAUUAUAUUGUAACAUUCGACCUUGAGAUCGUGUUAAUAUGGGGGAAACGAUGGUCUAUUAUUAAAGCCGUAUAUUUGUGGCAUCGUUAUUUUGGUAUUCUAUGUGUCAUAUUUCAGGUAGUAGCCCUAACAUAUAAUGGUGUCAAUGAUGGUUUGUCAGUUGUCAGUUUUCUUUCUACACAGAGUGUUCGUGACGUUCUUUCAGGUAACUUCUGGAUCCACUGGGAGACAUGGGGUUAUUCUGCCCUCAUAUUCUCUUCCGAACUGGUUCUUAUCCUAUGGAUAUGGGUAAUCUGCAACAGAAGUAGGCUGGUGCUGGUCACUUUACUUGGUUUAUUCGCCGCCGAGGUAACCGGAGUGAUCGUUGUCCUCGUGAUUUCAUUUCGCCACACCGUUGGUAGUGCACAUCUGCUGCCUAACAUGACGUAUUGCUUCGCAAGGGGUACUGUGCCCUCGUUCAAGUUUCUCUGGGUUCCUGUAUUGGGCUUCGAUACAAUUCUGCUUGCCAUCUAUCUGUACCAAGGCUACAGAACACGCGGUUUGCACAAGCGUAAAGGCUUCAGCUCGAUGCAUAUGAUUUACAAACACUCCUUACUGAAUUUCCUCGCUAUAUUCGCCUCUUACUUAUCAUGCGCCACGAUGUGGAUAGUUGCAGAGCCAGGACUCAUUCAGAUACCUGCCAGCUUCGCCCUCGCCCUCUCCAUCACUAACUGUACACGACUUCUUCUGAAUAUUCGGCGCGCGUAUUAUAUUGGACCCAGCCACAUGCAUUUGAGCAAUGGAUCAGGCUUGGUUAUUCACUCAAGUGGCUUCGGUACACCCAACUCGGCUACACCUUUAGCGAGUUUACGGUGGGCCCGGCGCGACAACUCCAUGGAAUCAAUUCGUAGCCAAACCAUGCUAGAUGAAGACGUUGAUAGUUCUGACACUCUUUACAAUGGCCUCGGAGGUCCAUCAGGUUCGCACUACGAGAUGAACGAGAUAAAGUCCUCCGCCGGCGAAGCAUAG